AAAUCAAGCAAGUGUAAAAGAUUGUCACUGUCAGUCGCGCGGGAACUUGGAAUCGUGCCAGUUGUGGGGUUAUUACAGAGUAAUUUGCACGUAUAGUUAAAUAAGAUGUUGCGGCAAAUAAGCAGAAAUAUUCAGCAAAAGGCGAGAUUCGCCACUGCUGUACCGGCACCUCAAACAAAGCCAGAGAUUCUUUACACUGGGCUGUUCAUCAACAAUGAAUGGGUGAAGUCAUCGGAUGGGAAGACCUUCAAGACAGAGAACCCCGCCACUGGCCAAGCAAUUGCUGAUGUUCAGCAAGCCGGCAAAGCUGAUGUUGACAUCGCUGUUAAAGCUGCCAAAGAUGCCUUCAAACUGGGUUCCCCAUGGAGGAAGAUGGAUGCCGCCCAGCGUGGCUACCUUCUUAGCAAGCUGGCUGACCUCGUUGAAAGGGACAGGAACUACUUAGCUAGUCUGGAGACCCUGGACAAUGGCAAGCCAUACACAGCAGCUUACUACGGCGACGUGCAGAUGGUGAUUAACAAUCUGCGGUACUACGCGGGCUGGGCAGACAAGAGCCACGGGCUGGUGCUACCCAUGGAUGGAAACUACUUCGCUUACACACGUCAUGAGCCUGUCGGUGUAUGCGGUCAGAUUAUCCCAUGGAACUUCCCGCUGUUGAUGGCGUCGUGGAAGCUGGGCCCCGCGCUGGCGGCCGGCUGCACCGUCGUCAUGAAGCCCGCCGAGCAAACCCCGCUCACUGCGCUCUACCUCGCACAACUCGUCAAGGAGGCAGGUUUCCCCGAAGGUGUGGUGAACAUGUUGCCAGGAUACGGAGACGCAGGAGCAGCUCUCGUCGACCACCCUGAUAUCGAUAAAAUCGCCUUCACUGGUUCGACAGAAGUAGGCAAGUUGAUCCAGCGUAACUCUGCGGGUACGGUGAAGCGCAUCACGCUGGAGCUGGGCGGGAAGUCUCCCAACAUCAUAUUCGCCGACACGGACCUGGAGCGCGCCGUGGAGGUGGCGCACUUCGCGCUGUUCUUCAACAUGGGCCAGUGCUGCUGUGCUGGAUCCCGUACAUUCGUGGAGGACAAGAUCUACGACAAGUUCGUGGAGAUGGCAGCGGAGCGUGCCAAGAAACGUGUUGUAGGAGACCCCUUCAAACCUGAGACCGAACAGGGACCUCAGAUCGAUGCAGAGCAACAGAAUCGUAUCCUAAGCCUAAUAGAGAGCGGCAAGAAGCAGGGCGCCAAGCUAGUCGCGGGCGGAGGCCGGGGCUCCGACACUGGGUACUUCGUGCAACCCACUGUGUUCAGUGAUGUCAAGGACCAUAUGGACAUUGCUACCACUGAGAUCUUCGGGCCAGUGCAGCAGAUCCUGAAGUUCUCCCAGCUGGACGAGGUGGUGGAGCGCGCCAACAACUCGGAGUACGGGCUGGCCGCCGCCGUCUUCACGCAGGACAUCGACAAGGCCAACUAUGUUGUACAGAGGCUCCGUGCUGGCACAGUAUGGGUGAACGACUACAACGUGCUGAGCAACCAGGUUCCAUUCGGCGGGUACAAGCAAUCCGGCAUCGGACGCGAGAACGGACCCUACGGCAUCAACAACUACACGGAAGUCAAGGCUGUCAUCACUAAACUCAAAGAGAAGACCACGUAAAUGUAUCUAACAUUUGUGUUUUGAAAAAAUAAGCCAUUAGAACUGAUUACUGAUUUUAUUUUUAGGUCUUUUACUACAAAAGUGCCAUGUUUGAACAGCAUAUCCGCGUCCAAAACGGCAAUUUUAUAAGUAAAGAUGUUUUUUUUUUUUUAAAUUUCACAAUAGUGUUGAAAUUUUUUACAAUGAUGGCUGGCCUCCACAUAUUACCUUUCUUUUUUUAAAAUAUGGGCCAGAUUAAUACUCUUUUGAAUGCCAUUUUGAGAAGUUAAACUAUUUUGCAUUUAAUUGCUGUAAGUAAAGUUUUUUUAUUGUUUAUUUUGGCUUUCUGUUAUGAAUGUGUUUAAAAGUGUAUUAAAUAGUCUGCAUUUUAUUGUAUUUUAUGUUCUAAGGUGCGCGUUAAUAAUUUAACGUUCGAGGCACAAUUAGAUUGAUGAAUAAAUAAUAUUAUCUCUGUAUCUAUUUCAAUCAUAAAAAUACAUCCAGUAGAAAGGAACCAAUCAACACAAACAAUGUCUUCCAGUUUACGUGAAACGUAAUAUAAUUAUAAGCACUAUGUAUUUUUUGUUAUCAUUUUAUAGUGCCAUGUACUGUUGCUUUAUUUCUAUUUUUACUUAUAUUUUUGUAAAAUAAAACCGCAAUGUUUAA